AUGUCAAACAUGCGAACCGGCCUGGACCGUCACACUCUUUCUGUUUUAAUUGCUCUGUGUGACCUGGGUGUCAAUCCGGAGGUACUUGCUGCUGUCGUGAGGGAACUGAGAAGAGACAAGGCUUCUCUAACUCAGCCAUCAUCCUCCCUGCCCGCAUAA